UAUAAAAUAAAAAAAAAUCUAACUAUAGUUAAAGAUUUAAUUAAAAAUUAUUAUUAAUGUCGUGAGUAAGAAAUAUUACAAUAUUAUGAUUAUCAAAGAUAAUAAGAGUUUUUACAAAAAUUAAAAAAUAGAGUCUUACCAAAGAGCUUUUUUUUUUUUUUUUUUUUUUCUUACCUCCUUAUAUGUAAGCCCUAACAUUUUCCUUCUCUAAAAUCAUUAUCAAGUAAAAUUUACUCAUUUCAUCCAAGUCGAAUAGUAACAAUUAAUCUGAACUAUAUCAUCAAUAAACAAAAACACUUUCUAAACAAAAUAAAUCUAAUUUAUAAUUUACUCCGUAUAACAUAUUAAAAAUAUUAAUUACAGCUCAUUUAAGUAACAUGCCCCACAUAAAAAAUAAAAAAACCUCAACUACAAAGUCUACGAUGAACACAGUUUAAUCAAUGCCGUUGAAUUCAGAUAGAUCCACCGUCUCUAACUCUUCGAACGUUAGUAACACUAGCGCCAACUAUUUAAACACCAAAAAGCUAAACCCCAACAUUCCCCCUUUAUUUCUCCAAAGAAAUACUAGCCGUUACAACCUUCAUAUUCUCUCUUUCUACGACCCUCCAUUCAUCAUCAUCUGCUGCUCAUCUAAAGAAUUUACACACCACCUCUCUCUUCAUCUUGAUCUCAAACCCGAACUCGACUCGAACACGUAUUUUUAGGAAUCGCUUUUGCCAAUGACUACUUCUGCAUCUCCUUUGAUUAGCCCCUCGUCAGAUAAGCGUUAUUGGAGUGCUUUACAUGAAAGGGUUGAAACCCUUCUUGAGAAUCGCAAAUCUGUUCGAUCCUAUCCGAUUUCCUUAACGAAUGAUGGAGAAUUGAAUUCUGCUAAGAAAUCGAAGGCGGACUCGAUGCUUUUGAUCAGAGGUUUCGAUUCGAUUGCCUCUUCACUCUCUCAGCUCACAGGCAAUAUUGAGAAAGCUCUUCAGGGAGCCAGAGAACUAGAAAAAACCUCAACAGUAACAGAGAUUAUCCACAGCAGCAGUAGCAGCGACGCGGCUGAAUCAGAAAAAGAUAAAAAUCAGGAAAAUUCAGAGAAAAAGGGAGUGAAGAGAAAGCUUGCUGCAGAAGAUUGUUCAAACGGCGAAGGAGAGAAUGAAGCAACUCCUGAGAACAAAAAAAAACAGAAGCACCAAACAGAACUGAACCUUAAGAACGUUAAAAAUCUCUCAGUUGCUAUGGCAGCGAAAUCAUCCUCACUAGCUAGGGAACUAAAAUCAGUGAAAUCUGAUAUGUUUUUUCUGCAAGAGAGGUGUGCUCUACUGGAAGAGGAAAACCAGAGACUUCGAGACGGGUUUGGAAAAGAUGACAGACCUGAUGACGAUGAUUUGGUGAGGCUUCAAUUAGAGGCACUACUUGCUGAAAAAUCGAGACUAGCAACUGAGAACGCGAAUCUAACAAGGGAAAAUCAGUGCCUUCGACAACUUGUCGAGUAUCAUCAGUUUGCCUCCGAAGAUUUGUCUGCUUCAUAUGAACAAGUAAUUCAAGGGCUUAGCUUAGAUUUCUCUUCCCCAACAGCUGAAGACAAGGACAAUCUCGAAGAUCCCCAAACUCCUAAAACAUCAACAGAGGUUUUUGAGUUUCCGUCCUGCCUUGAUGAUAGCUUUGCAGGAGAGCAAGUAACGCUAAAAGACUGACUCCACUGUCACAUGGAUGCUUAACCUUAGAUGU